CGUUAUCAGCAGCGCUCGGAGCAAGUCGUUAGUGUCCUGUGCUCUCCUAUCUGAUUAACUAACUCUCGGCGCUUUUAAGUGUUUACGUGGCUUUUUAGCCUAAAGCCUAAAACUUUAAAAUUCAUAUAAAAUGUGAAUUACAACUUUUAUUUUGAAAGCUGGGCCCUGGCCCAGCAUACUUUGAACCCUGUCUUUCGGUGCGACUAGUUUUUAGUGACUUUACUAGUGUCUAGUGGACUCAACAAUGAGAGAGUGUUUUGCCCAUGGCACCAGACAAUGCUUAACCUGUAAGUGUACCACUCACAAUAAAACAGACUGCUUAGACUCUCUUUGUUCUCAAAUUAAAGAUGCAAAAAUAGCUGGUGAAUAUUCUAACAUCUAUUCUCACAGCUCUCAACCUAGCAUCUCUCUCUCCCAAACUAGACGAAAUAGCCUACCUAACGAUAAGCUAAACACGGCUAGUAAAUAUUCAAAUCCACAGGCAGCAAGAAGUGCAAACUUUUCAAUUCCCCACAUGAGUGCCAAUAACUCCACUUCCGCACCUCAAUCUAAUAAUCUGCCUCCAAAUCAAACCACAAAUUCCAACAACAUGUCCAGCAAAAGAGAUGAAGAAUUAGAAUUUCUAAGGAAUCAAAACUCGCAAUUAUUAAGCCAAGUUCAGCAAUUAACAUCCCAGCUGAACACAAUGUCUCAACAAAUUAGCGAGCUAGUUGCAUCCUCGCAAUCCCAAAACAACAACAACUCCAAGCGUCCUAGGGACUCCACCAACGACUCUCCGAGGAAAAUUAAGAAAGUGCCCUCUCUGGCCCAGAAACAAUUGUUUGCGGACCAAAACAAAUUUGCCAACCUCUCAGAUGACAUGGACGAGGAUUCAGCUGAAGAUGACAACGACAUCUCAUUGGGCUCCGACGAUGGAAUCUUUAUAAAUCCUGGUAACCUCAAUCCAGUAGUCAACUCCGCCAUCAAUAGAAUUAAAAAAACUAAGGCAGUAGCCAAAAAAACUAAAACUAUUGAAAAAAACAAAAUUAAUGACAAAAAAGAUGAUAACAACUCUAAUCCUAACGUAUCUGUAACAACUUCUUCUGCUAAUUCGAUUAACUCUUCUCAAUCUACAGAAAAUAAAACUAGAAAACUUAAGAAACCUCCCCCUAUUUACACUGCUAUAAAAACUAACUUCAAUGACCUUUGUAAAGCUCUAAACAAGAUUGAUUCCACCAAAUGGAGCUCAACAGUUUUAUCCAACGACUCCUUCAAAAUCAAUUCUAUCGACGACGAAACUCACAACUUAAUUAUAAAAGAACUUCAAACUGUAAACAUUUAUUUUAACACCUUUGAAAAUAAAAAUAUUAGACCUAUAAGAGUACUAGUUAAAGGUCUUCAUCAUGAUACUUCUGUUACUAACAUUAUUAAUAGUUUGAAAGCAAGUGGUUUUAAACCACUCAAUGCUACAGCCAACCUCAAACGAAUUGUCGAAUAUCCAGGGAAAAAUCAAUCUGAUACUCCUCUUAAUGUUUCAGCAACUUCCAAAGAAACGGACAAGUCGACAAAUACUACCCCUGAUUCCGUCCCUAAUAAUGAAAUUUCAGCUAAUGAUCCUCAACUUGUUACGAUCGACUCUGAUGCUUCGGCGGAACCUAGCGGCGGCGAUGCAAAAGUGGAAGGAACUCAAGGUAAAACAGGGAACGAUACUAAUCUGCAAAGUAUCCCCCCUGUAAUCAAGUAUCAACCCUUAAAUACGUUCACUGUUAGUUUUGACCACAGCGACAACAUAGAAAAAAUUUUUGAAAUUAAAACAAUAGCAAACAUGAGAGUUAUGAUCGAACCAAUUCCAUCAAACUCUCCUUUAACACCGAUACAAUGCAAAAAAUGUCAAGGUUAUAAUCAUUCUAGUAACUUUUGCAACUAUCCUCCUCGCUGCGUAAAAUGUAGCGGUGAGCACAUGUCAUUCUUAUGCGAAAAACCAAAGUAUAUUCCAGAUCCAAAGUGCGUAAAUUGUGGUGGCAAUCAUGCAGCCAGCUAUAGGGGAUGCCUGAUUGCCAAAACAAUUACGGAACAAAGAAGAGAACUCUUCAAAAAAAUCGAAGAGAAAAAAGCCAUCAGAACAGGGCAACAAGUAACCCCAGCCGCUUCAACCCUUAAAAAAGGAGUCUCCUUUAGAGAUGCAUUCAGGAAUGAUAGAAGCUUUCCUAAAUUAAACAAUACUAGUCAAGAACCGGCAACAGCAAAUCAGAAUGAUAAUUCAACAAAUAGUCAAAAUCCCCAACAUCAACCUCAAGAUAGAUUCGAUGAACUUUUCGCCACUAUGAGUCAAAUCCUUGACUCAGUCAAUAAUCUGGCCCAAAGAGUGGCAACAUUAGAAAAUAAGCUCCAAGUUCGCCCUGAUAGUACUCAACGCAGUUUGAAAUGAGCAACCUAUCCAUUAG